AUGUUUUCCAAUAUUUGUGUUUUCAGAAUGGAGUGGGUAGAAAUUAUCGAGCCGAGAACCAAAGAGCACAUGUAUGCUAAUUUAACGACCGGUGAAUGUGUAUGGGAUCCACCGCCGGGAGUUCCUGUAAAGAAGACUGAUAAUAACCAGUGGUGGGAAUUAUUCGAUCAACAAACAUCAAGAUUUUAUUAUUACAAUGCAACAUCGCAAAAAACCGUCUGGCACCGGCCCACUGACUGUGACAUUAUUCCAUUGGCAAAGUUACAGACGCUGAAACAAAAUACAGAACCGGCGAUCAGCGGUGGCUCAGGUAAUAAUGGGAACGCCACAGAUGGUCAGGCAAAUGAGUCGAGAAGAAAAGAGUCUGUGGCUACGCAAACUCAAACAACAGCAGUUGGACGUUCAUCACGUUACGAUCAUCACCAAGAAAAUCCAAGUUUAUCUUCCUCGAUGAAAUCCAGCAGUGGUGUAUGCAAAGUUCGUAGCUCCGGUAUUAGUAUGGAUUCUCAAUUAUCGCCUCCGUCGCCAUCUCCUUCGGCCAGACGACCGCAUCAUCAUCACCACCAUCACCAUCAUCACCACCAUCAUCAACAGCAACAGCAACAGCAGCAGCAGCAGCAGCAGCAGCAGCAGCAGCAACAACAGCAGCAAAAGUUACAGCAGCACAACAACAGACACAAUAAUCGACAUCAUGAACAGCCGUCUUCACAAACCCGACGGCAUCACAAUCAUUCUCAAGACUCGGGUCGCUCCAGCGACAGUUCAAUCUCUCACAGUCGCACGUCCCUGGAAUCAUCAGGCGCAUCUGCUUUCCGUCAUUUAGAAUCACCUCAUCGGCAUCAUCAACGAUCGAACAUACUCCAGUUACCAACGAGCUCAAGUCGUACUCACAAUACUUCGACCGGUAGUGGUAGUACCCUAGAACCACUGAGAUCACAGAAAAGUGGUACUCUUGAGAAUGUGAAAAACCAAAAAGGUGUAGCAAUGCCUGGGGAACCACCACCGCCGCCUCUUGGUCUUUCACUCUCAACCAGUACGCCACUUUUUAAAAAAAAAAUAUUUGUAGAGCAUCAGCAGUCGUCGUCGAGUCAGAGAGACGGAAGAAGCGUUACGAGUACUGAGUCUGACAGAAGUAGAAAUGGAGGAGGUCGAGAGAGUAGCCGUGGCUCGUAUGGACCAGAACCAAGUACUUCACCGUACCGAGAGUCAAUUGGUGGUAUCGACUCAAAAGCCUUCUUGCGUCAAGAGAUGCCUCCUUAUCGUCCGCCUGAUAUUCAGUCCUCUCCACUCUCUUGCAAGCCCCAUCAAGCUGACAAAUUCGGAUCUCUCGUCGAGUCAACAAAUCGGUACCACCGAGAUAGAGACAGAGACAGAGAUCGCGAGUCUUAUCACCGUGACAGAGUUAACAGUCUUGAAAAAAGCAACACUCCGUCUUCAGGAGGAUUUUAUCCGGGCGCUGGUGCCAUUCACUCCCGAAAUCUUAACAAAGCUGAGGUAAUUGCGUCUGCUGGUGGAAACGUCGGGAGUAUUGGUCGAAGACACCAUGGCUGUGCUGCUUCGCUUUCCGAGGCGAAUGUUCGAGAAAUUUAUGGUGCCAUGCUAGCUGCUGAGAGUCGUAAUGACGGCAAAAAUUCUGCUUUGAGAAGCAAUGCUGCGUCUCAUGUUAAUCCCGUUUCCAAACAGCCGAGUUUUGAUGUCUCUGAGCGACAUGUUAAAGAAAAAGACCGGGCUGGUGAACGGGAUAAAAAAGACAGAGAUGAUUACGGCGGGCGGACCAAGUGCAAUAAUUUGAUGGAUAAUAACACACAACAGGCGUUAGCUCGUAGUUACAGUUUUGUUCAGCAGCAAAAACUCCAACAGCAAAUGAUGAGAAGGCGAGAUCGCGAUGAUGAUUCAAUGCACGAGCGGUACUUGGUCAGUCAGAGCCUUCAUGAUCAUGCUAGACAUCGACUUGGCAGCAGCAAUACCAGUAGCAGUAAUGACGAUAGUAAUAGCAGUAGUAACAGUGCAAUUGGUGAUGAACUCGGUGGAGGUGGACAGGUAGUUGAUGAGGAGGAGGACGCUAAGAAAAAACGAAGCAAUGGCAAUCCUAGUCCACCGGCAUCGACGCCUUAUUACGGUAAUUUAUUAGUCGAUGCCGAUCAUUUGUUGCCGCUUCAACAUUAUAUUCUUCAACAAGCUAAACUCUCUGACGGUGGCGGUAGAGAUAACGAAGGUGGUAAUGGAGUUGGCAUUGGUAGUGGGAGAGGUGACGAUGACUCAGACGAUGAAGAUCAGUUUGCCGAUGAUGAAGCUGCAAGCAAUCAGGGUGAUUCUUCCAGUCAAGAGUAUUUAGAAGAUCACUAUGCGGAUCUCGGAAAUUAUGAUACAGCUGGCCUGGCAACAUAUUAUAACACUACGGAAACGCUAACGCGCUCUCACGCGAGCUCUACGCAAGCAACCUUACCAUCAACAGCACCUCUGGUACCUUCAGCUCCGCCCGGGCAGACCGGCUCGACAACAAUAUCCCUGCACACCGAAGUUAGAGACAGUGGAAGCAUGGGCGGUGGGGUUGGUGCUAGUCCAAGACCUAUUUCUCUUCCAGCAUCAACAGCUUUUACGAGCCUAGUUAAGAGUUAUGAUAUUGCAGACGGCGCCGAGGAUGGACGUCGCGAUGAUUCUACGGGUGGAGGGGACAUUGAGAAAUACGCCCAAGAUAAUUUAAAUUUAAAUUGUGGCAGGCCAAAAGGCCUCCGGCUUUUGUUUCGUAAAAAAUUCAGUGUACGUGAUAUUUUAAGCUGGUCUAAAGAUCCUAUUCCCCGACCGAUGCUUAACGUUGUCGAGGGUGAAAAACUAUUAAAACGCGAGGCCUGCAAUCUAUUUCGGCUUGUCCAGGUUUAUAUGGGCGACAGAAAAGCCAACGUAGGCAUGACCUUAGACGGUGUAGCUACUGAAUUAAUAAACACCGUAUUUUCAAAGCCGCCGCUUCGUGAUGAGCUUUAUGUGCAAAUUUGUCGGCAAACUACCGAAAAUCCUAGAAAAGAAAGUCUAAGACGAGGUUGGGAGCUCAUGGCAGUGUGUCUAGCGUUCGUACCACCAAGUGCUACUUUUGAGCCGUAUCUUGAAGGCUAUAUGAACAGGCAUCGUGACCCUAAUUUCCAAUUUCCCGAAGUAGCCAAGUGGCCGAUUCACGUUCAAGUGAGUCAUUACGCCACUGUUGCUUGUCGACGGUUGCAGCGAAUUGGGGCACACGGUAAACGUCAACCACGUAAGGCUACUAUUGAAGACAUUGAUCAAGCACGGCUUCAAAUAUUCCGCGCGUCAAUGUUUGGCGCUACGCUGUCUGAAGUAAUGGCUUUGCAACGUGAUCGUUUUCCACAACGAGAUUUGCCCUGGGUUCAGACAACGUUGACUCGCCAAGUACUCAUGCGUGGUGGAACAUUAACUGAAGGAAUAUUCCGGGUGUCCGCGGACGCGGAUGAGGUCAGCGCGCUUAAAUCUUGCUUGGAUAGAUUUGAGGACGGCGCUAAUUUAGCACCCUCCCAGGACGCUCAUGCACCUGCUUCGUUGUUGAAGUUGUGGGUUCGGGAAUUAUACGAACCCUUGAUACCUGACUCGUUUUAUAUCGAGUGUGUAUCUAUGCGGCACGACGAGUCAGAGGCUGCUGCUUUAAAUGCCGCGGCUAUCGUUGAUCGACUUCCAGAUCUUAAUCGUCGAGUACUUAGUCAUCUGAUUCGUUUUCUUCAGAUUUUUACGAGACCAGAUGUGGUUGCCCGUACAAAAAUGGACGCUAAUAAUCUCGCUAUGGUAAUGGCUCCAAAUAUUCUACGCUGUACCUCCCAAGAUCCAAGAGUGAUAUUGGAAAAUGCACGAAAAGAAAUGGCUUUUGUACGCAUACUUAUUGAAUCACUGGAAACAGCUUGGGUCGACGAUCUUCAUUGA